AUGGGGAAAGCAAUACGGAGAAUCGAGCGGGACUUCAACAUGAGCCCUCUACACGACAGUCCGGCACCGAAGAACCAAGCAGAGGUCGAUGCUGCUGCCGGUGCCCGACUGGUCCUGGACCACGGAGUUCUCGCGCGAUCUCAUCGGAAAGACCUGCACCCGCGGGACAGUCGUCCUUUGGCGAGCGUGGGCGUAGUGGCAGCGACGGGCGUUGUGACGGGGCUUGCAUCCACGGUGAACGGGUCAGUGUCCAGCGUGAUGACCACGGCCGGCGGCGGAAGAUGCUGCGUCUUCGGCUUCGACAUGGCUCGGAACGCUGCCGCCAGAUUCGAACGGGAACUUUCGUCGCCUAAACCCAUGAUCCUCGAGGCCUAACCCUCAAUCGGCCGUCCUGUUCGCGUUACGUCCCACAACAGAUAUUUUUACGACUGAAUUCAGCUGUCACCUUCCAUCACCCAUUGUGAUUUUCAUGUAUACUGUUUGAUUCGGUGGAGGUGGUUACAGCAUGUGUCUAUUUCUUGCCUUUCACGGGAUCUCUUUUUUUUAGACUGUAUACCUAGUCACCUGGAUGGUAACCAAAGUAUACAUACCUGAAGCCUAACUGCUAAUAGCACUGCCGAGUACCAUGUUUAUCACUCCUCCCUUCUUACACUGACACUCUUGUCAAUAUGUAUGUAGGGGAGGCUGUUCCUGGCUUAUAUUUUCACAAACACUUAUCAAUAGCUUUUUGGGGGGUAUCGAAGCUUCGUGAUGUGCCUGCUUGCUCUCAAUAUGUUCACUAAGUUGUGUUUCAAAAGCCAUGGAUGGUAUUGUGCAUAGUUACAUUAUUAUAUAACUGAGCUAUUAUUGCAAGGCUAAUUCCUUCGUUAAGUAAUUCCCAGCGUCUUGCUUUUCUUUGCGGCGUCUAAAAACUUGGUACACGCACCUGAGUUUAUCUCUACUCAUCUAGAACCUAUUGCGCCGUGGGCUCUUAUGGCUUGAACGUAUUGUUUAGCGUUUAGAAAAUGAGGCUUACCGAUCACAAAAUUUUUCUUUUUUAUUUUUUUUUUUCAAAAUUCCUUUUAAAGCGUAGGGUUUCCAAAUGCAGUACUCACUGUGUAGAUAGCCUUUCUAAAUAACCUGAUCCACAUGUAAAUUAUUGCUUGAUAUGCAAUCAGUACAUGAUGAACUAUUAUUAUCUGUGUAUUCUUUCGAACGAUAAAGAAUGCAGUUCUUCAAAACUUGAAAAACAUAUCAUUCGAGUCACCUGGCUAAUCUUUUCAGCUACCUAAAACCUAACCGCUGAAUGCAGGUUGAUACAACACAUUUCUAUCAAAACAUUGAAAAUUUUUAAGCGUACUCAAUGAUCUUACGUCGGCAAGAUUUUACCAAGGCAUAUAUACCUCAGUAUACGACAUAACUGAACGCUUUAGCGAAUGUAAAUGCAAAAUCUGUGAUGCACCGGUUCUUUCCAAGUGAUGUUCUUUC